GUGGAGCAAAAUUACAAGUUACCAAAACUCUUCAAGUUCAUUAUCAAGAGUUUCAUCCAAGCUUUUCUACUAUCACAAUCUAUCGGAUUCAUCUCAAGCUUCAAUUUAAUACUAAUCUUUAUUAA